GAGGGAAACCGCGAUCAGAGUACGGCGCGUGCGCAGAUCAGGGAUCGCGAUUGCGAGUCCUCUGCUGCGGUGAUUCGGGUUCCUCUAGAACGUUGAGGGCACAAGUCGGGUCCUGAGACCAGGUAAAUCAGGGAUUUCUUCUUGGUUUGGAUCCAUUGCUGGUGAACUAGUGCGUUUUUUGGGGAGUGUUGAAGAGUCUUGUUUUGUCGUAUUACCGGGGUUUUUUUCUGGAUCCUUCUCAUUUGGGUCCUCAGCCAGCAGAGCCAUGUGCCCCAUGAGCACCGCAGGUUUAUUUCAUUUUCCUACAUCACUGACCCGAAUAUGCCGGCCGCCAUGGGGACUCCGGCUUUGGGAGAAGCUGACGUUGUUAUCCCCAGAAACAGCUGUCACUCCGGUCCAGAUGGCAGGCAAGAAGGACUACCCUACACUGCUUUCCUUGGAUGAGAAUGAGCUCGAAGAGCAGUUUGUGAAAGGACACGGUCCAGGGGGCCAGGCAACUAACAAAACCAGCAACUGUGUGGUGCUGAAGCACAUCCCCUCGGGCAUCGUUGUAAAGUGCCAUCAGACAAGAUCAGUUGAUCAGAACAGAAAGCUAGCUCGAAAAAUCCUACAAGAGAAAGUAGAUGUUUUCUACAAUGGUGAAAACAGUCCUGUUCACAAAGAAAAACAAGAAGCAGCGAAGAAAAAACAAGAAAGGAAAAAAAGAGCAAAGGAGACCCUGGAAAAAAAGAAGCUACUGAAAGAACUGUGGGAGUCAAGUAAAAAGGUCCACUGAGAAAAGAAUUACAGAUUCCAACUGACAGAAUCUGCCAGAAGCUCCCAGGGAAUAAUGGCGGUGAGUUCCAUCACCAGCAUUAUUACAGUGCUUCAAAAGAAGUAUUUUUGAUGAACUUAAAAGACAAUAAAGUUAUUUAAAUGGUGCACUAAACUAUAGUGAACAGAGACAUGCAUGACUCAAGAAUAAAACUCGGCAGGCGCGGUGGACAGUGCCUCACACCUGUAAUCCCAGCACUUCGGGAGGCCGAGGCGGGCAGAUCACCUGAGGUCAGCAGUUUGAGAGCAGUCUGGCCAACAUGGUGAAACCCCGUCUCCACUAAAAAUACAAAAACUUAGCCAGGCAUGGUGGUGGGCGCCUGUAAUCCCAGCUACUUAGGAGGCUGAGGCAGGAGAAUUGCUUGAACCUGGGAGGCGGAGGUUGCAGUGAGCUGAGAUUGCGCCACUGCACUCCAGCCUGGGCAACACCUGGGUGAUAGAGCAAGACUCCAUCUCAAAAAAAUAAAUACAUAAAACUAGGU